AUGUCCAAGCGGAAGCGCGAAGACGACACCGAAAACGGUGAGCCGGGCAUUCAGGACCGAGCCCUUCGAAUCCAGACAUCAAGACUCAAAACAAAACUGGACCAGGGAUUCAAGAGCUUACACUCUGCUCUCAAACUUGCACGUGGAUUUGAACGACAGAAGCUCGGCCGCCGUCAAAAGAACGCCAACAAUGAACCCCACACUCUUUUACGACUUCGAGAGGAAGUCAUUGUGCUCAAGCAACUGCCACUUGAUCAAACAGCGAGGAACUACCUCAUGAAGCAGCUAGUCAAAACGAAACGCAUCAAGGAACAUCCAAUAUUUUCAAGCGCGUAUGGCUCGGGCCCUGUCUUUGUGCCGGCCAAGUCCAGUGCGGAGGCCAAUGUAAUUGGCCGGUUGUUCAACUCGGCGCCUGUGAAGCAAGUUAUGCCAACUAUCAUGGCGACCAUAUUUUCAGUGCUGAGAAUCCCUCAAGUUGCAUCUCGGAACUCGGUUCGGAAAGAUGCGCUCAUGGAUGGAAUGAACAAAGAGGGGCUAGAUUCGAACGGAGACGAAUUCAAUGGGUUUUCGAGGGAUGAUCCUGCAGACAAAGUCGUCGAGAAUCCUAAACAGCCCCCAGCGUCAGAUUUUGAAGAGGAUGAACUUCUCGAUAACCCCGCACGGGAUCGACUGGCUUCCUCAGAGAGUGAAUCUGACGAUGAAGACUCUGGCCAGGGUAGUCAUAGUCGUCUUGCCGGUCAGGAUCUUUCUAUCUCACCCAGUCCAAGCGAAGCAUCCGAUCGGCAAGAAAUUUCCGGGAUUAAAAGCCUCGAGAAGACCGCACCGAGAACAGUAUUUCUACCGUCAUUGAGCCUUGGAGGAUACUACUCUGGAUCAGAGUCUGAGGAUAUUGACACAAAUAAAUAUCGAGGAUCCGCGCAGCCGAAAGUCCGCAAGAAUCGCCGCGGACAACGAGCUCGACAGAAACUCGCAGAAAUGAAGUAUGGGGAGAACGCGAAACAUCUUGAAAAGAAGAAGGACCAGAAUGUAAAGAGUGCGGAGUGGGAUUCCAGGAGAGGUGCCAUAAGUGGACGAGAUCAUACCAAGGGACGCUUUCGGAAGGGACCACCUAAUCGGGGAUUGCCCAACGGUUCAACCUCCAACCCAACCAGGCCAUCAAGGACAACCCCAAAGCAAAAUGCAAGAGAUGAUCCAGGAUCUUUACAUCCUUCCUGGGAAGCGGCGAAGAAAAGGAAGACGCAGGACCAAAGCCAGGCCAAGUUCGCGGGAAAGCGAAUAACCUUUGACUGA